AUGGCUAGAAAUGUGAUUUUGAAGGCUUGGUUGAAAUAUUAUAGAAUCAAGAGAAUCAAAAUGGUUUGUGUGUGUUAUUUCCACGUCAACAUGGUUUGUCCAAAUCUCAACAGUACAGAUGAAUCAAGUUCACCGUAUAACACAACUGUUUCACCAGAAAAAGAACAUGCUGAAAUGAUUCGUUAUAUCUUUAUGGAGAUAGCCAUACCUGUUGUUUGUUCUUUUGGAUUAGUUGGCAAUACUUUAAAUCUGCUGGUCUUAACUCGUGAAAAACAACAUCGAACUCUCAGUAAAAUGGAAUUUUCUGCUCACAUUGGAUUAAUAGCCUUGGCCUUCUCUGAUUUUAUGUUUUGUUUACUUGCCUUAUUGUUUACACUUCUACCUCUUGAAAAGAAUUACCGCGAAGGCAAUACAGUGUUAUAUUAUCAUUGGUUAGGUGGUGGAUUUAUAACCAUAUUUAUAGUUACUAGUACAUGGUUAAUAGUAGUUAUGGCUGGAGAACGUUAUAUGGCAGUUUGUCAUCCUUUUAAAGCGCGAAAUAUUAUCUCCUUAAAACGAACCAGGAUAAGUGUUCUUGGAAUAUUUUUAAUUUGUACAAUCUGCACAAUUCCAAUAUUUUUAGAAAGUGAAAUUCAUGCGAUAGAAUGCCCGAGUGGUGAAAUGUAUUAUACUGUUCAAACGCGACCAAGUUUUACAAAAGAUGUGAUAGCAGCCCGCCGUAUUAUUUGGGCAAUAUUAUUCGAUUUCAUUCCCUGUGUUGCUCUUAUCUAUUUCAACACGUGUCUUAUUUGGAAAAUUCAUAAAGCAAAAAAAUUACGACAAGAUAUGGCGCCAAUGACAGGUCACGAAUGUACUAUGUUGAAUGCAAAGGCAGAAAAUGGGAAUAUCAAGUGGCAAAUUAAAUUCAAGAAGACAAUUGGUAAAGAAUCGUCGUUAAAGCCAGGAAUUCCAGCCCGUAAUCCAUCAAUAACACAUGAAAGCAAUAAUUCCACUCCAAAGUUUCAUCGUGGCUCCACCAAACGCCGAACUGCUGAUAGUGCUUUAAAUAGUGUCACUGCUACAUUAGUUUCUGUUGUUAUUCUAUUUUUAAUUCUUGUGUCGCCAAGUGAAUUAUUAAAGUUUACUUUAUAUUAUACAUCUCAAUCUAUUAGUGAUAAAUACCGAUUUGAUAUCAUUAAAUCAGUGACCAAUUUCAUGCAAGCUCUCAAUUUCUCAACUAAUUUUGUUUUGUAUUGUGCCAUUAACAAAUCAUUCAGGAAUUCCUUACGAACAUUAUUUUGCUGGUGGUAUAAAAAAAUACAGAUUCACAGACAAAAACCCAUUAUUAUCAAACUAAGAUCUAACAGCUAA